AGUCCUAAAGCCCUGUUUUCAGUUUUUGUUAGAAAUUCACCCACGCGAAUUUCUUUCGGCGUCAGGAACGCUAACGCUCUUCACGGAAACGAAAGCUGUUUUUGUUGGUGGUGGGGUUUUUUUGUUUUGUUUUGUGCCGCUGUGGCGGCCCGCAUUCCUUCCCUCCCACCUCGCGGAAUUGUGGCGGGAGGGGGAGGAGGAAGUUAAAGCGCCUGCGCAGAGAGGCUGCUUUCCAUCCGGGUCCCUGUCCGUGCGGUGCAGCAGGUCGGUAGGCGGGAAAUGGCGACUGGCUGAAGGAGCUGGUUCUGUUGCUGCUGCGGGCUAAGCUGGAAAGACACCACACAUUGCGCAGUCGGGACCUACACCGGAGCUUGUGGACACUUCUCUGUCGUCACAAUUAGUUUUACAUGUUGCACCCAUAAAAAAUGAGACUGAGAACACGAAAAGCUUCUCAACAAUCCAGUCCAAUCCAAACACAACGUACAGCCAGAGCAAAGAGGAAAUAUUCAGAGGUUGAUGAUAGCUUGCCCUCAGGAGGAGAAAAACCACCGAAGAAUGAAACCGGCUUGUUGUCUUCAAUUAAAAAAUUCAUUAAAGGAAGCACACCCAAGGAAGAGAGAGAAAAUCCUUCGAAACGGAGUAGAAUUGAACGUGAUAUAGAUAAUAAUUUAAUCACAUCAACACCAAGAACAGGAGAAAAACCUAACAAACAGAUAUCUCGAGUAAGACGGAAAAGUCAAGUAAAUGGAGAAGCUGGUAGUUAUGAAAUGACAAAUCAACAUGUAAAACAAAAUGGAAAAUUAGAAGAUAACCCUACAACUGGCAGCCCUCCACGGACUACAUUGUUGGGGACCAUAUUUUCUCCUGUCUUCAACUUCUUUUCACCAGCAAAUAAAAAUGGAACAUCAGGAUCAGAUUCCCCAGGACAGGCUGUGGAAGCUGAAGAGAUAGUAAAACAACUUGAUAUGGAACAAGUGGAUGAGAUCACUACCAGUACUACUACAUCAACUAAUGGAGCAGCUUACUCAAAUCAAGCAGUUCAAGUGAGGUCAUCAAUAAAUAAUGGCUUAGAAGAAGCAGAAGAAACAGUUAGUCGUGAUAUCCCACCCCUUACAGCACCAGUAACUCCAGAUAGUGGCUAUUCGUCGGCUCAUGCAGAGGCCACCUAUGAAGAAGACUGGGAAGUAUUUGACCCGUAUUAUUUCAUUAAACAUGUUCCACCACUAACAGAAGAACAACUAAAUAGGAAACCUGCUCUUCCAUUGAAAACAAGAAGCACACCAGAAUUCUCCCUAGUUUUAGACCUGGAUGAAACACUAGUGCACUGUAGUCUAAAUGAACUAGAAGAUGCAGCACUUACUUUUCCAGUCCUUUUCCAAGAUGUCAUUUAUCAGGUUUAUGUGAGAUUAAGACCAUUCUUCAGGGAAUUCCUGGAACGAAUGUCUCAGAUGUAUGAGAUCAUUCUUUUUACUGCUUCUAAGAAGGUGUAUGCAGACAAGUUACUGAACAUACUAGACCCUAAAAAGCAACUGGUCAGGCAUCGACUUUUCCGUGAACAUUGUGUUUGUGUACAAGGAAACUAUAUAAAAGACUUAAAUAUCCUGGGAAGAGAUCUUUCAAAAACUAUAAUAAUUGACAACUCACCACAAGCCUUUGCAUAUCAGCUUUCUAAUGGAAUCCCUAUAGAAAGCUGGUUUAUGGAUAAAAAUGACAAUGAACUCCUAAAAUUGAUUCCAUUUCUGGAGAAGCUUGUAGAACUGAAUGAAGAUGUCCGACCUCACAUCAGAGACAGAUUUCGCUUGCAUGAUUUGCUGCCCCCAGAUUAAACACAAAGACUUGUCAGAUGACUGAAGGGGGAGAGAAUGCAGGACCCUUUUGGACUAAGACAAAAACAUUGCCAUUACUGUUGAAAUUUUGCAUUUUUGUACCCCGUCUUGCUUUUCUUAUCUUUGGUGCCCAAUAAUAAUCAAGGGUUACAGAGAGAGACUUUAUCUAUCUCAGAUUGAAUACAUACAGUAGGUAGGCGAAAACAGAAGAGUCUUUAGAACUAGUGCAACUCCAGUGAAAUUUUUUAUGUACAGGACAUCUGCAGUUUAUAAAGAAUUCUGUUUCUGCCACCAGCAGUUUGACCUGUAGUCACACAGGAUUUUAUGAUAAUAACAGAGCUGAAAAUGGACUUUUAUUUUCUCUCUGUUCGGUGCUCUAAGUGGGUUUGUAGCCACUUUUCUGUUACUUUAAGAUUCUCAUUUCAACAGGAAUGGCCAGUAAAAGUUGUUUUAUUUUUCCUGUUAAGGUUUAUAACCUUUUUACAUUUUUGACCUGUAUUAGAUUAGAAAUUCAUUAUGCAUUCCUUUUAGUUGAGGCGCUUCAUAGUUUUCUUGAAAUAGUCAAUUUUUAGUUUUUAUUAUACAUUUGAAUGGCCGUUUUCCUGCUUUGUCUGCCUGCAUAUUGUAUAUUUGUUUAAAAAUAUUCUCUACUUUUAGUCCAUGUAAGUUUCAUUUAGCAAGACAUACAUUUAUAUUUUGUUUCUGUAAUAUUCUACUGUAGGUGAAAUCUUUUCAAAAAUCAAGAGACUGGGUAGAUAAGAAUAUAUGAGUGACUAAUAUUCAGAAGAUUUAAACCAUUGUGAUAGCAUGUAUUCCAAAUGGUAAUAUCUUGCAAUGGCACACAGAUUUAAUGGAUAAAGGUAUACCUCAGACUUCACUGUGCUGCUCACUAAUCUUUGAGGAGACUGAGUGUGGUCAACACCUGUUGGGCUUGAUUUGGUUACUGCUGCCUUUGGUAUUCUCCAGGAAUGAAGUAUUCAGCACAGUGGCUCAGUAUUUUUAGUUAUUUUGCAUGGGCUGGUAGUACCUCUGUUAUGCUCUCGGUUACAAUCAAUUUAAAACUAUGUAUAACAGUCUUGGUACCUAACAGUACCUAUGCAUCAUCCUGUGGCACAGUACACUCCCAGGCCACCAAAUGCAGUUCCUAUGCUGUCAUAGUGGUUUUCUAUGCUAUAUGAAAAUAGUCUGCAAGCCUUGGUUCUCUAAUGCAGCUACCAUAAAGAGGUUGAUAUUUUUAUAGUGGUGUGUAAUCUCCUUUUCGGGAGGCUUUUUAUGGAAGGUAGAAUUUGUAAAAGUUAGUAUGCUUUGCCUCUCUACUGCAUUAACAUACCACAGGCUCAGACUGUUUUUAUGUAAAGGAUGUCAAAGAACGGCACUUUUUCUAAAGAGAAGUUUGAUAUUUUGUAUGCUUGUUAAGAAAGUACAGUAUUGGAAAUUAAAGGUGGACAACUGAUAA